AUGAGCGCACCUCAACAGAACGAAGCAGAAAAGAACAUCGAGAUUUGGAAGGUCAAGAAACUCAUCAAACGCCUCGAAGCCGCCAGAGGCAAUGGCACCUCCAUGAUCUCCCUCAUUAUCCCACCAAAGGAUCAGGUCUCUCGCGCUGCUAAAAUGUUGGCUGAAGAAUUCGGUACCGCCUCCAACAUCAAGUCUCGAGUCAAUCGUCUUUCCGUCCUUUCGGCCAUCACUUCCACCCAGCAGCGCCUGAAGCUGUAUUCCAAGGUCCCCCCAAAUGGCUUGGUGGUAUACUGCGGUGAAAUUAUCACCUCGGAGGGGAAAGAGAGAAAGAUCAACAUAGACUUUGAGCCUUUCAAGCCCAUCAACACCUCUCUCUACCUCUGCGACAACAAAUUUCACACCGAGGCCCUGAGCGAACUUCUCGAGUCUGACCAGAAGUUUGGCUUCAUCGUCAUGGAUGGCAACGGCGCCCUUUUUGGAACCUUGAGUGGCAACACCAGAGAAGUCGUUCACAAAUUCUCUGUUGAUCUUCCAAAGAAGCAUGGUCGAGGUGGUCAAUCUGCUCUUCGUUUCGCUCGUCUUAGAGAAGAAAAGCGUCAUAACUAUGUGCGAAAAGUUGCAGAGUUGGCCGUCCAGAACUUCAUCACAAACGACAAAGUCAACGUUGCCGGCCUCGUCCUUGCUGGAUCAGCAGAUUUCAAAAACGACUUGAAUCAGUCCGACAUGUUCGACGCACGUCUUCAAGCCAAGGUUAUCAAGGUGGUUGAUGUCUCUUACGGUGGUGAAAAUGGGUUCAACCAAGCUAUCGAUCUUGCGUCCGAGACCCUAGGCAAUGUCAAAUUCAUUCAAGAGAAGAAACUGAUCGGCAAAUACUUCGAGGAGAUCAGUCAAGACAGCGGCCGCGUCUGCUACGGUGUAGAAGACACCUUGAAAGCCCUGGAACUAGGCGCGGCCGAGACCUUGAUUGUCUACGAGAACCUCGACGUCACUCGCUGGGUUUUGAAGGCCUCGGAUGGCUCUGAGAGGAUCCUGCACACUACCAAGGCUCAAGAAGCCGACCGCGAACAGUUCAUGGACAAAGAUACUGGUCAAGAAAUGGAAGUUGUCGACCAAGGUUCGUUCCUUGAAUGGCUUGCCGAGAAGUACAAGGACUUUGGCGCCACCUUGGAGUUCGUUUCAGACCGCUCCAGCGAGGGUAAUCAAUUUGUGAAAGGAUUUGGUGGUAUUGGUGCCAUUUUGCGCUACAAGGUCAACUUUGAACAGUUGGUUGACGCUGACGACGAAGACGAAUUUUAUGAUGAUUGA